AUGCAAGUAAGUAAGGUUGGAAAUAUGCAACCGAUCGAAGAGUCGGAGUCUUGUGCAGAUUCAAAAAGCACGUCCGCCUCAGAUGUUGAGCGAGUAAAGUCGCCAUCCCUCGCAUGGAUCCCUGCAUAUCUGGCAGGAUCUGUUUGCACAGGAUUACUUACAUAUGUAUUUCAUGUGCAUAUUGCACCAAAAAUGCCAUUCGAGAGCCAUCCAGACCUUUCAGCUGUGCUUUCAAGGCUUAUCUUUUGUGCUCUAUUUGGAAGCAUGGUGUUUUGCCUCAUCAGGCUUAUACUAAUAUGUCUUGCAAUAGCAAUGAAGAGAUCUGAUGGAAAGCGGGGAUUCGUACAGAUAACACUCAUAAAGCACGGAAUGUUCAUGAGUAUUGUGACAACACUUUUUGUGCUUUCUUUUGUUGUUGAAACAUACAACAGGAGAGUAAGCACUACUACAUUUUUAAAUGCAUCCAGCGAUCCUGUGCCUGUGCUCAAGGAAAUCGUAGAUAUGGGAGUGAGUGAUAGCGAGCUGAAGCAGACACUUAUAUCUGAAGAGAAAGCAAACGGUGAGCAGAAACCUCCAAAGACACUGGCAAUGUUCCUUACUGAGGACCUGGCAAAAAUAUUACUUGCAAGCUCAGUGUUCUUUGCAAUUCUUCUUUCAAAGGCAAUUCUAAUGAAUGGUUUGAACUAUAAGAUGCUAUUCAAAAACUAUGAGUUCAGGAUCAACAAGAAUGAUGAAGACAUAAAAAUUCUAGAGCAGCUCAACAGAGCAACAGGUAAGCAGAUGAUUGCAAAUGCUGAAGAGUGGGCAGAUGAGGUGUUCAGGUUAAUUUCGCCAGAAGGCAAAGCCGUCGAUUUGCAGACUCUCGAGUACUUCUUUGGCACUGACGAUGCAAAGGCAAUAUUCAAUAGAUUCAGCAUCCAUCCAGAUGGAAAGCUAACAAAGGAGAGUUUUUCUUUGGUUUACCAAGGAAUUAUCAAUGAGGAGAAGCGGAUAAGCAGAGGACUAACACAGAAGGUUUCAAUAGUGAAGAAGCUGAAUCUUGUGCUGUCUGCAAUACUUAUACCCGUUGGUGUAUUGGCUGUGAUGGCGAUCCUUGGAAAUGCAGAUUCAUUUGCUGGAUCGCUUCCUGUGCAGUUUAGCACUAUCAUUUCACUCAACUUCAUCUUUGCACCUAUUAUUUCCGAGGUGUUCAAGUCGCUUGUGUUUGUUUUCCUUGUUGAAGCAUUUGAUAUUGGCGACAAGGUAUUUAUAGAGGGAGUUUUGCAUGAAGUGCAUGACAUGGGACUGCUUUAUACAUCGUUUGUGGUGGACAAGAAGAUCACGGUCAUUCCAAACUCAAAGUUCAUGGAUAAGACUAUUGUGAACCUCAGAGAGGCUAAAACGUCCCAGAAGACAUUUGACUUUACAUUCAUGAAUUCACCCGAUCUUAAGGAAAAGAUAGUCAAGCUGAAGGAUGAGAUCGAGAGAGAAGUCAAGUCAGAUUCAAAUGCAUAUACAGGCAAGUUUAAUAUCUGCGAGUAUGUCCUCAAGAAAAACCUGACUGUUGGGAUGAAGAUAAAUGUUGUAUUCAGGAUCCAGAACCAGAAUAUCAAGGCAUUGAGAGCAAGGGAAGAUGCAUUCGUAAUAGCACUUUAUGGAAUAGUCGGAAGCAUUGGACUUCUACUUGAGUAG